GCAUCAUCUUCAUCUUAUCAUCUUGCUCUCAACUGUCCCAUCAUUUUCAUAUAUAUACGCUCAAUAGCUCAUUGAAAUGUCAGACUCCCUCCCCGCCGCAUCCCAUGACCCGGACUCUGUUGAGCGAUCUCCCCCCGCGCACGCCGAAGACCGAAAAGCCGCUGCCGCGCUUUCCUCCCUGCACACCAAUGAGAUCGGCGCGGAACCGGGCAAUAACUCUUCGUCCGCUAAUCAGGAGGCACUCGGGAAAGCGAUGAGUAGGCUGGAGAUUGCUCCGGGUACAGAUGCAGCGGCCAGGACGGUAGACGCCAAGAAGACACAAGCAGUGACGAAGAAGGCUGUGAAGGUUUCGGCGGAGGACGUGAAUAUAUUAGUACAGGAAUUGGACUUGAGCAAGAUCAAGGCGACGGAGUUGCUAAAGGCGCAUGAUGGUGAUUUGAGGAGAGCAAUCAGGGCGUUUAUUAGCCCUAUGGGAGCAUGACGUGCUGCUCCUGGGUAUAACUGCAGGACGGAAGCUAUGAUGGAUACUGGUACGAUGAGAUGGGUCUGACAGGGCAAGCCGGGACGAACCCUGGUUCGCAGGUGUUGAUCGCACCAGUCUAUCUAAUGACAGGCCGUACGAAUUGAUGAUCACAAAAUUAGCUACUAUUUCUCUUCAUCUCUAUCAACA